AUGGGGGCCCUGGACAGUGGGCUUCAGGUGCACACAGAAGAUCCAGAGGCCGGGGCAAGAGGUGACACCUUUAUAUGCCCCACAGAAUCUGAAAACAGUGCCCUGGGCUCUGGCUGGCUUGGUGGGAAGAAGAUGAGUCCCCUGCAGAUGCUCUAUGACCUGGACAAGGGCCCGCUGUCGGCCCUGGCUGAGGUGCACCGACAGCGGCGGGAUCUGCUGCGCCGCACCUGCGGCCGCCACACACGCCGGCAGCGCCUGCUGCGGCCCGAGGACCUGCGGCACGUGCUGGUGGACGACACGCACGGCCUGCUCUAUUGCUACGUGCCCAAGGUGGCCUGCACCAACUGGAAGCGCGUGCUGCUGGCGCUGAAUGGCAGUACCCACGGGGACCCACGCUCCAUCCCUGCGCACGAGGUGCACGCUCCAGGCCGCCUGCCCUCUCUAGCCGACUUUAGCCCCGCGGAGAUCAACCGGCGCCUGCGCGCCUACCUGGCCUUCCUCUUCGUGCGCGAGCCCUUCGAGCGCCUGGCCUCCGCCUACAGCAACAAGUUUGUGCGGCCCUACAGCGCGGCCUUCCAGCGACGAUACGGCACGCGCAUCGUGCGGCGCCUGCGGCCCCGCCCGCACCCCGAUGCGUUGGCCCGCGGCCACGAUGUGCGCUUCGCGGAGUUCCUGGCCUACCUGCUGGACCCGCGCACGCGCCGCGACGAACCCUUCAACGAACACUGGGAGCGCGCCCACGCUCUCUGCCACCCGUGCCGCCUGCGCUACGACAUCGUGGGUAAGUUCGAGACGCUGGCGGAGGAUGCGGCCUUCGUGCUGGGCUUUGUGGGUUUGCCCGGCCUGCGCUUCCCUGCGCCUCCACCCCUGGCCAAGGCGGCCACCACGCAUAACCAAGCCGCGCGCCUCUUCCGGGACAUCAGCCCCUUUUACCAGCGGCGCCUUUUCGACCUCUACAGGAUGGACUUCCUGCUGUUCAACUACUCCACCCCCUCCUACCUGCGGCUGCACUAGCCUGCGGGGCGGGCCCCUCCAGGGUACCCUGCGGAGGAGCCCGAGAAUGGGCAUUUCUGAUGAACCCUGGGGACUCCACUUUGACAACCACUGCAUUGGGCUGACAUCUCACCUGGCUGGGUUUGGGUGCAGCCCACCUUAGGCACUGUUCACCUGUAUGCCUACCGCCUGUCCUGCCUUGUCGCUUGAUGCUUGCUUCCUUUAAUUGCUCUAGCUAUCAGGUGCUUUCCCAGGAUCCCUGAGUGGAUGAUGGAGUUUCAGGUUGCAAAGAGAAUCUUUUUUUGUCUUCUCUGUCUAUGGUAAAACAAAGCAGAAUGCUGGCUUGAGGCAGCCAGUACCCUCCCCAAAUCACCCGCUCUGGUGUCAAGGACAGCCCUGGCCAAGGAGAGAAGCCCCCCCCCAUGCUGGAUUUGGGCUGGGGCCAUCCUUGUCCCUGGGCUUGGCUCAAGAGCCAGCAGUGAGCUGUUUUCACUCUGCCUGUCACAGAGCAGGGCAGCCUUUCCUGUGGCUGGCCCCACCCUUGGUCUCAGUCUGGCCAGAUGCUAGGUCUCCUCUGUGUGCCUACAGAGCCCAGGGUGCAAUACGGUCAAUGGCAGGUUUUAUAGGGCCUUGCUGAGCUGGGGAGCUCAUGUUAUUGAAAUAAAUGUGAUUUGUUACUUCUGAUA